UGUUUGGUAAUUUAUUAUACAGUACUGAUCGAAUAGCUAUUAAUGAAGAUGAUGAAUAUUUACAAUAUACAUAUGUCAACUUAAAAAUCAAUGCAAUGUAUUCGAUCACGUUUAAUUAUUAACCUAUAUGCUUAUAUUUCAUUUUUUUUUUCCAAUAUUUAUUUUUUUAUGUAUUGUAAACUUAUAUUUAUUUAUAAACGUUUCAGUUGCGAGAGUUCGAAUCGUGCCGUGGUUUCAUUUAAUCUUUAAAGGGUCCAUUUAUUGUCGUAAACCUAGGAUGUCGUAAAUUAAAAUGCGGUUUUAACUGACAUUGACCUUAAAAUCGAUAUCGCGUUUCGCCUUAAUUACACGGCUAAUCGCCGCAUGUAUGCGUUUUAACAUGUUAUUAUUGAAUUAAACAGUCAUAACUCUUCUGCUCGAUAGAAAUAAACUGCUAAAAUACAAAUUGUCGCCUUUUGUAAGAUGAUAAAGAACACAAACAUUAUUAUUGUGGCUUGAUAACGAUUUGUUUACCCUCCGGUGACAGUUUGCACUGCUAUAUUUAACUUCUAAAACACGUGACAAGAUCGGUAUUUCUUAUUGGGUCAAUGGAUGGAGGCCAUAUUUGUUAUACAUGUCUACCAUGACGUUUUACGGGAAUUUCGUGUUUCGGUAUAUGGCAGGCUGGAGGCAGUUCAACUUUCUCUGAGGAUAAUGUAAUAUUCGUCAGGAAAAUGGAGUAUACUGGAUUUAAUAAUACUUAGUAAAAGGAUAAGUGAAUUGAUUGAUAAGCUCUUGGGAUCAGGUUAAUAAGUAAAGUGAUGUGAAAUAUGAAGAUAAAUUAAGUGUCAGGUGUUUUCUUGUUAAUGUUGACAUUACGCUGUGUUAAAGUUUAAUGAAAUAGAUCAAUUCAUCAUACAUCGCCAUGGAUAGAUUACCAUCAUCAGCCGGCGGUGCUCCGGACGGGGCAUUUGAACGGUUCUUGACGGCAGCUAUCGCCACUAUAAUCACCAUAAUGUUUUCAUGGAGGCUUUUGGCUGAAGAGGAGGAGGCCUCAGGUGCAGCCGGGUUCGGUUCUAGUCCACACAAAUCAUUGCAAUAUUCUGUAGAUAAAAAAUCCACUUUUCAUAAUAAAUCACCAGAUAGGGCAAAAUUGACCAAACCACGACUGGGAGAGUUACGAGGUAUCGAUCUGAGCAUUGAUGAAGGGAGUGUCUUAAAUUCAAGGUUAGCAGACGAUCAACAAGUUGUACUCGAGGACGUUGUAUACGAUCGCCAUAACCCCGUGCAAGAACGCUUGCCUGAGGCUGUGCCAGUAGCAGACGACAGUUUGUCCUCCAUUUCUAGUGCAGACGACAGUUUGACAGUCGACACACUGACCACAUGGGACGAAUAUAAAUGGGAGGAAGAAACUGGUGAUGAAAAUCCCUGUGUUAUUAAAACUAGAAGGACUGUAAGAGACUUUGUUUCAAAUCCUAAUAGGGCAUUAAAUUUACAAGUAAACAAUGAUUCCCAUGAUACUAAUUCUCUAUCUUUUGGUUCCAGUCCGAGCAGUAAUUCUUCAUUAAGUCCGAAUGUUCCAUUUUCACAAAGGUUUGCAAACUUUGAAUAUAAAGAUACGGGUGGGGAUAGUGGCUAUAUAGACUUAUAUCCUGACGUUGAAAGUGACGAUGAUACAGAUUCUAGCGAUGACGAGCACGUGUAUGAAAUCCAAGUGUCCGAUUCGGAUUCGGAUUCUGAAGAAAGAGGCGGGGCAUUUUAUGGGGUAACGUCGCUAGAUACAAUCAUGGAGGAGUGCGAAAAUGAAGCAAGUGACCGGGGGGAGGAGGGCCUUGACCCUUAUGCACGUGGGGAGGGUGGUCUUUCAGUAGAGGGUGAUAGUCAAACCUCUGCUGUAGGUAAUGAUAAAACAUUGAAAUCUUGUGAUAUAUCAGAAAUAAAUCAACAUUCGGAGUUUACCGGUAGCAAUAAUGCAAGCGUAAAAGAUACAAACUUGAUAACAUCGGGAUCUUCACAAAAUGAAGUAAAUAAUGACCAUAAAACUGAUCAAAUUACCGAGUCAGGAAUGUUACUUAACAAAAUUGAAAUAAAUGCAAUGUGUCAGCCUCAACAUAGUCAAACGCCACUGAAGCGAAAUGAAGCAGACGAUGUUAAAAGCAAUUUUCCGCUUGAUGAUUCAAAAAGCAAGGAUGCAAACUUAAAUGAGCAGCAUGUUCUUGAGUCGAAAGUAGCACCCUCUGAUACGGUAUGUGACUUGAAUAUUAAUGAGGGGGCGGCUUUAAAUAGCGGUAAGAUCAACAGUAAUGUCAACCUGGGGUCAAAUGUGAAAAACACAAACGAUGAAUUAUGUGAAGUAAAUGAUGAGAUUUAUAAUGCUGAAUUAAGUAGCCAGUUAAGUAAAACGCCAGAAACUAUGAAAGAAAAUCUUCAUUUAAAAUCGGCAGAGGAUGAUUAUAAAAUUUCUGAGAUUUCAGACGACGAUUUACCGCCGUCACCUAUUCGUACAUGCGCAUUAGACAAUUUAACAGAGGAACCAUUCUCAGACACCGAGUCUUGCAGCAGUGAAUCAGUCAUAACGGUGUUAAGCGUAAAAUCAAAUGAUAGUGAUAGUUACAUCGAUCGAAAUAAUAACGCAAAUAAUUCCCUAAGUAACUUACCGGUCAUUAACGUUGACAGGGCCUCGGGCGAAUGUAUGUCGUCUGAUCUCAGUGGACAGACGACAGAGGGACUUGGAAAAUACGAAAGUUACUCUCUCGUAAGUGGUUUUCUAAAUGACAGUCUAAACAGUUUACUUAGUGCAAAUACCGGAAGUAAUGAAAAUGAGAGUGAUGCCGAUAGCAGUUCUGGGAAAGAGAUUCUAGAACAAGAAAGCGAGAAUCAAUCAGAAAAUUUUAAUAUGAAUGGUAAAGCUGCAAGUGAUGACUCAUGCAUAUCAUCAGCUGAAUCUUUGCCUGCGGUUGAUGAAAUGACCCAAAUAAAUGCACACAUUUCAGAGAACGGCCAUAUUGACUCUACAGACUCCCUUAAUGCACAUAAUGAUGAAAUCAUACAUGAACACCCCUCUGAACAAACCGUAAGUGAUACUGACAGGCAUUUUGAUUCAGACAAUUCAUCAGAUAGCUCCGACCCCCCGCUACGUGAAUACGACCCUGACGACGAUGAUUUGGCAGCGUUUCAAUUCAAUCUUGACAGCGAUGAUGAUUCCUUCUUUUUAGUAAUUGCUGAUGAGUCAAAUGAAGAUGACGAUGAAGGUAAACUAAGGAACUUUGAAACAUUCACGAACUUGAACUCUGUCGGAUUAUCUCCAGAAUAUGGCGAUGCAGUAAUCUCCCAUACAUUACCAGACGAUGCCAGGGGAUUUAAAUUUUCACACACAGAAGAUAUAAGCACGCAAUUUAAAAAACGAUCAUACGUCACAGAUAGAAACAAUUUGUCAGAUUCGGAUACUCGCAGUGACGGGCCUCUUUCUCCGAUAACUUCUGAAGACGAAGAAAGUAAAUCUGAAGAAAAAAUAGAAAAACCAAUAUCUUUGUCAAUCAAUCAAGACCAUUAUUCUCCGCCAUCAAAAUUGCCAAAUCUCUCUAGUUAUGCUGACGCAGAAAAAUCGAUCGCAAAAACAGGCAUUGAAAGUGAAAAUGAAAGUAAACAGACAAACACUGUUGGUGAAAUUGACUUUAAAAAGUAUAUUAUUCAAUCAGAACUAAGUCCGAUAUCUGAACAUGUUCCGUUUCCUGAGCAAGAUAUAUCAUCUUUUAAUAAAGAUCCAAACGCGAUCGAUAAAGAUUAUUUGAUACAAGAUCUUGAUCAGAAAUUUGUAAUCGAUAGAGAUGGUGAUAAAACGGGUAGUUUAAGUGUGAAAGAAAUGAAUAAUUUACAACAUCCCGAAGGACUUGGUGAAACACUUAGCAGCUUGACAGAAAAAAUUGAAUACUUGACCAGAAAAAGUGCAGAAAAAGCCGCGGAUUUAAGUGACGUAAAUUCAGAAAAUACUGACAAUAACGACAGACUUGCAGAUGAUACUGGAUUAAGUAAACAUCAUGGAUUAGACAAUAAAGGUCAACAAAAUAUUAAAAAUAAUGUUGAUUCAGUAAAUGAAAGUUUGAAAGAAAAUCGACUGGAAACUUCUAUAGAUGACGAACUUGAUGAUGAAAGUUUAUCAAAAACAAAACAUCGCACAGAUAAUGAUGCAAAGAUAGGUAAACGAGUGAAAAAAGAGACUAAUAUUGAUAAUAUAUUUGAAAGUGAGUCUGUCAAUGAUUUAAAAACUAGGUCAAAUUCAAGUAUUGAGACAAAUAUUGAUGAUGUUUUAAGUGAAAUUAAUGAAGAUAAUAAAGACAUUAGAAAACCAGCAAGAAAAUCAAGUCGUAGGACAAUAACACCAUCUAAAUCACACAUAGAAACAAACAUUGAUGAUAUAUUUGAGAAACAAGUAACAGUGACAUCACAUAUUCCCGUUCAUUCUACACCAUUGAAAGAAGAGUGGACGUCAAGACGUGAAACUAAUAUUGAUGAUAUUAUUGACAGUGUAGGUGUAGAUAGUCAAAAACAGAAAAGAGCAAAACAGAAAUCGAACCUUGAAACGUCUGUUGAUGACUUAUUGAAUGAUUUAAAUUCUGUUAAUAUAAAUGAGACAGGGACUAUUAAUGAUAAUGACCAAAAAAACAGUUCAUUAGAAAGUGAUGACUUUAAGCAAAAUAAUAGCCUUUCUUAUGAAACGUUUGUAGACAAUUUAUUUGAAAGCGAUUUGCCUCGAAAUUCUAGUCAAAGUAAUACGCAUGCGCGUCCAGUUGGGAGUGUUCUUACCUCAGAAAGUGCAAUAAAAGUAGAUAAGUCUAGAGACCUACAGUUGUCAGCUGACCACCCUGAAGGUGUUCAACCGGAAAAUAUUUCCGAUCAAUUUAAAUCUGAAAAAGACAAUAGUUUGACAUUGAGCAUAGGGGAUAGAAUUCAUAAAUCUAAUGAUCCGAGGCAAACGGACAAUGUACAUGAUAGAGAGAUUUUGAACAGCGAUAACAAUAUAGAUAAUUGUUCAGAUAAGAUUUAUAAAGAUACAAAAGAAUUUCAGGACAAAACAACACCGCCUCAGCAUAAAAUCGGACCCAAUUAUCGAAAAAUCUAUGAAGAACCUGAAAAAUCCAAUACUAACGAUCAAAAAUAUAAAGAUAAAGCAGAUAAGAACGUUACUUAUAAUAAAAGUGUAGAAAAUAAUGAUCAGCAAAAUGUCGGAUUUUGUAACAAUGCUACUGAAAGUAUAGAAUCAAUUUUGUCACCAAAUAACAUUGUAAAAGACAAUAGUACACCAUUACAAAACAAUUUAAAAGCUAGUCAAUUGGAUUUUAAAGAUCAGAAUGUCAGUGAUUCGUUGCCAAAAUCAGAAAAUUUAAAUAAUGUCAAACAAAAUACGCAAGUUGGACAUUCUCCAGGCAUAGAUGAUAGAUAUAAUUACAAACGCAGUGACAUUUCUUCAUUAGAAGAGCCGAGUAGCACAAGCUUGCCGAAUAAAACUGAAUAUAUUUCAAAACUUGGAAUACAAAUUGACGAUAGCUUGUUAAAAAGUGAAGAGGAGUGUGACAUAAAUGACGUGGAAUUGAAAAUUAUUGAACAUACAGAUAAUGUGAAAUUAGAGAAUGAUAAUUAUAAAGAUGAGCAAUUAGAUUCUAUUGGGUCUUGUUCCCUAGUUUCGGAUGAUGACUCUUUAAACAGUUUAGAAGAAAGUUUUCACAGUCUACAAGAUACAUACAAUGCUGCCCGAAUAAGAGGAUUGAGUGACUCGGAAGUGACGUCACGUGUCGUCCGGUCACCGGCGACUAAACCUUCCGAUCUUCUAUCUAGAUCAAAGGAAUUGAAAGGAGUGAAACGGAAAGUUUUUAAGCAUAAUUUAAAGAAAUACACAUCUAUCCUGCAACAACCGGUUACAAAUGAACGAGUGAAUAUCACGUUUGAAUCUCAACACAAGAAACCGUCUAUUUCAAGAUUGAAAGUAUUGAAAUCGCGGGAAAGGUUUCUAAGUGCUGAAAAUCUAUCAAACGGAAGUUUUGAAGAUAAGUUCUUACAGCAUAGAACAUCUUUAGCCUCUACUCCAAGGAAAUACUUGAAACGUCACGAAAUUCAUCAGCAAUCUACAGAAAGUUUGCCAUCAGACAUGGCGUCUUGGAAUAUGACCUACGGAAGUAAUACAAGCAUGGAUAAUUACCAUUCCCUCCCGUCACCCCGUCAUAUUGAAGAGCUUUACGGUUCGCGAUAUAGCAGUGCAAACUCAUCUUACGAAAAAGCCGAUUACGAUAAAUUGCAUGCAAAUUGUAUGUUUUCCCAUCAUAAACGCGAAGAAAUCCGUCAUACGAAAGAAUCUCUCGAAAAUAUGUUUGAGCAGCUUUUACGGUACGGAUCGAUAUCGUCUCUCGCAACUGAAACGGAUAUUGACGCCGACGUCACUGAUGACGUCAACGCACAUGGACAGUCCUUACAAGAUCCUUAUUAUCUUUCGUUUCAGUAUCCUCUGGAAAGGGCUGCAAGCAUGAGUGCGAUUACAGGACCAAGUGAGAGUCACCGGUUGCCUAGGAAACCUGGUAAAGGACGGUUUGCAAAUAGAAAGGUUCCAAAGUCUAAAAGUUUACAAACUUUAGAAACUAAUUUAGAUGACGUGUUUGACGAUACAGCACAGCCUGGGCAACUGUCUAGAACCCCGUCAGAACACGAACUUCGAGUUUCUAAAUCACUUUCGAAAUUAAAUGUCCCAGACUGGUUUAGAAAGUCGUCAUUUUCGCGAAGUGGCAGUACUCAAAGUUUGUUUACAUAUGCCAGGACUGGUUCGACUUCCACUGUAGGGUCGACUGCCUAUCCUCCCUCUUUGACCACCUCCCCUUCGCCGUCCGUAACCCCCCAGUCUAAUACAGUUAUCAUCCAAAAGCGCGUUACCCCAACUAGUUCUAUCUCCCCAGCAGCACGGCUUCUCCGUGCCCCGUUGUUGCCGACUACGCCGGAGAAAGCGCCUAUUCAUAACACUCCUCAGUUACCUAGCGAUAUAUUUAGGAAAAAAGAAAAGAAAGACAAUCUUAAGCCUAUAGCAAUUGUACCGUUCGCAAAACUUCGCGAAAUGUUUGAAAAGAAAGCGCAAAAUGACGCCAAAAGUAAGGCAUCUAGUCCAUCGGACGGUAAAUCUCCUGUCACAAGUCCCACAAAGGAGAAACCUUCAUCCAACGUAAGAUUUGACCCCCCUACGCCUACAAAAGAAACUGUUACAGACAGAUUUAGUGAUGACAAACCUGUUCAGAAUAAUAGGACUAUAUCCCCACCCCCACCUGUUCCAGAACGCAAACCUAUAUUAACCGAUCAUAGUGUGAAACAUAGUGAAACUAGUGCGCAUGCGCCAAGACGGACACAAGUUCAUUUCUCGGAUGAAAAUCAUGUGAGUAGAUCCCAAGAGCAAAAUACAAACACUUUACGCCAAAAUGGCAGUGCUUCGAACACAAGUUCGAGCACCAGUUCUCGUACCGUUAAAAAGCCUCAGAGCCUAAGAGCCUCCCUGCCUCAGUUUAGAUUUAGGAGACCUGGCCGUUUUGCUUCUCCGGCAGCGGCCUCAAGUGACACGAGUUCUCAGAAUAAAAAAGAAACGACGGUAUAGCAGCAUUUUGGAGAAUGGUUUUGCUGAACAGCUUAACGAGUUGCAAGAUAGAACCUUCAGCUUUCCCGUAAUGGCCUUGGGCAGACAUUCCAACCAAAAUGGCGACCUGGCGAUGGACGGGUCUCCGGAUCUUCAUGUGAUUCUCACAAACGCUCAUGCUGACAAUGUAUCGAAUGGUUAUCUCGAAAACAAGCUUCGCGGUGACGCAUCAGUUGAUGAAAUAUUAGACGGGUUGCUUCUUUUGGAUGGUCAUCGAACUGGCAGAAUGAGAAUUGACGAAAAUGGGCGAAUAGUUCCGAGAACACCCGAUGAUUUUGUCUUUUCCCCAGAUACCCCUCCUGGACUGUCUCUUAAUCUUAGUGCGCGUGAGUAUAAUUCUAGUGUUUGUGAAAAUGGAAACGAAGUUAGUGAUGAAAAUGCGGAAUAUAAUCUAGUAAAAUGUGAAUACACGUCGUGUAAACGCGAAACGAAUCUUAAAGAAGCCAAACAAUUCUUUAAGACAUGCCACAGUUGUUUCUCGUAUUACUGUAGUCGGAAUUGUAGAAAACUUCAUUGGGAGUCGCACAAACGCGUGUGUAUUUAUAGUCGAAUUAAUAGUGCGUGUAAACAUGUGAUUAAAUACAUUAACAAACAACCUCAUCUUCAGUAUCAAUGCUCUAGGAUAGCUCGUCGUGGCUACUUAUCACAAGGUCGUGGUUGUGUUGUGUUCGCAUUUCCGGACAUCAGUUCUUCGGAAGAUUUCUUGAUUUACGGUAUUGAGAGUUUAUGGGUACCUCCUGUGUACAUAUGCUUGAAAGAGCUACCGCACGCGAAAAUGUUAGGUUCAAAGCUUGGAAUACUUACUGAAACGUGCAAACAAUACAAUCCGGAACUUAAAUAUGUGAUACAUGUGGCAAUUGUGAUACCGCCAAAGCUUCCCGUGAAGCCCAUGCCGCGUAGAAUGGAGUCUAUUAUUCAGAAAUGUGCCAAACUGAGAUUGAGCCCGGCUCACAUGCAUCCAAAACAGGAGGAUACUGACAGUCCGUCCACAUUGAUUUUAACUGCUGUUCCCGGGAAUCAGCACGCGAAUGAAUCAGACGACAGAAAAACGCGGGAACUGUGCUUUGUGAACAUUCAGCGUAAAUUAAGAAAUCGUGGUGUGAGCUUGAGGCAUCAGUUUCCGGAUAUAUACAACAAACUCAUUGAUUUUGUGUCUGAUGCAAAGCAUUUCAGUCCUUUGAUAAUUUAUCCAACGGACAAUCGAACCGGAAGAAGAUUUAUGUGCGUGAUCAUGCCAGAAGCGGAACCGGAAAUAGAAUGGAUCAGAGACCCGGAUUUGUUUCACGAACUAGAUGUCUUCGAUGACGAAGGCCCGGACAUGAGUACACCAAACACGUCCAUACUCCAUCAACCGGAAAUAAUGUUAUAGAAUCGUCGUAAUUCGAUAUGUAAUUUUUUGCGACUUUGUAUUUUUAGAACUACAGUAGAAAUCUUUUUACAAGAGUAUUAAUGAUAUUUAAAUUAUUCAGAUCGUGUGUUUGUAAAUCAUUUAUAUACAAUGUAUUAGAAUAAGCAGGAUUUGUUACCAGGAGAUUGGACACACUGUUUUGUUGUUGUUUUUGUAAUAUGCAAAUAAUGCAAGUAAAUUGUUCAAACAGGAAAUUACGUCAAAACUUAAGUAAUGAAGCCGAUGGUACCGGUGCUUGCAAAAAUUGUUAAUUUUUAAGCAAUGAUUUUUAAAUUUCUUACCUAUUCUACUUGAACUCAAUUCGUUAUAUUAACAUAACGCUACUUAAAAUUAAUGAUCUUGAGACCGGAUAUUUUAACGCGACUGUUAAAGAUAUUAGUUUUAAAGGAAAUGAAUUUCACUAUUUAAUAUGUAAUUGGUAAAUAUAUAUUUUGCAUCGUUAUUCAUGUAUUUGUGAUUGUGUGACUUUUUUCACUUUUAAUUUUCUUAGUUGAAUUUAAUUUGAAAAAAUUUCAGCUGCUUUGAAAAAAAAUAAUCAAAAAGUUACAUUUUUUAGGGUGUCCAUCUCAAGCCGUAGUAACUUUUCAUCUUCCAUCCUGUAUGUACCUUUUUUUAAAAUGCAUGUCAGAUUUUCACAUACAUUUAUAACAAAAAAAACACCCAUUUUAUAUUUUCGUUUUAAGAAUUUCCAUUGUUUUGUAGCAAGAAUUGCCAGCUUAUUUGAAAACUAAGCCUAAUUUUUGUUCUUGAAAAACUAUAAAACACGUAUAUAUGGGUUAUUUGAUCACGGUAGGUAAACGUUUGUAUCAGAUAAACGCAAGGGAUAUUUAAGGUCUUAGCCCUAUAAUGGUCAAUAUUGCAAUUUUGUAAAAUUACAUGACACAACGGGAACCAGGGCAUUCUACGUUAUCGCGAAAGUGGUUACGGAAUAACCCGGAAACUGACGUUUUUACACGAAGUGUCUUGUGUAGCUCAGACGUUAAUGAUUAACGCAACGUGGUAUUGAUAUCCGGUUAAUAAACAUACAUGACGUGCUUGUCAAAUGAACGUUAAUACGUUUAGCAAUCAGCUUUGUAAUGCAAACGUUGACGUGUAACGUGUCAUUUACGCUUUGUUCUCUAGAAAAAAAUAUAUAUCUAAUCUAUGUAUUUUGUCGGGAAACAACUAUCUGACGGAAAGACUAACCGUUUUUGCAUAUUACCUUAUUAUUCGCCGUGACGUUGCUGGCGCUAUGUUCUAACUAAGUACACUAAGUGACGCUUUAUUAAAAUGUUAAAGAACGAUAUGGUAUCAAAAACCGAUUAUUAAAUGAAACAGCUAUUCACUGGACCUUUUUACGCUUGGUGCUUCUGCACUUCGCGCGAUCCUGGUUCCGCUUUCACUAAAAAAAUUAGGUCGAUCCAAUAAGAAAAAACGCCCCAAGGUUACGUUAUCCCUAUGAAAUGGUCGCGAAAUAGCGUAGAAUUCUUUUCAUAAAUAGCGUUCUGUAUUAAUGCGAGAUAAUUUUGUUACGAACGGGCGUCAGACACACAUUUUUCCGUGCAGGUUGGCUAUUAUUCGAGUUAUAAGAAAGUUCGAGUUAUCCGAAUUAAAUUAAAUAUAUACCGUGCAACUUUUGAUGUUUUUCAAGCAAGACUUCCACGUUUUGAUAUGUUUAUGACGUCAUACCGUUUUAGUCGUUUCCAAAGCUGACGGGAGACAAAUGCUACGGAUGAAAUUAUAUAUAAUGUAAAAGAAAAAUUAAAAAAAAUGCAAACAUUUUAUCUGAAAUUGUUACGACUCUCAAUAACGCUCUAACUUUUGUAUUUCAAUACAACUACAUAGCUAUCCUUUGUCAACAAUGUUGUGAUAGUUUUUCUAUCGCGUACAAAAUAUUUUUGUUUUGACAUUUUACAAAAGUUGUGAACUUAAUAUUUAUCAAAACAGGUUGUUACUAUUUAUGAAUAAGUGAUCAGGAAUUCACUUAAAUAUAAGCUUUUUUCUACAUGUUAUGCUUUUUUAUGCUUUGUAUUUAUUUUUAUACACAUUAAGGAAAAAAAUGUUGUGAAUGAACAAAAGGUUUUAUUGUCACUAUAAAAGAGCCACUUACUUUAAUGUGCAAAUAUAAUUAUCCCCAGCUUAUAUCAUUUUGAAUAUGUUACAGUUGUGUUUUGUGGGGAGGGGGAGUUUUUUUUUCAGCAUACCAAAUUCAAAUACCUAUUUGUAAUAUAUACCUGUACUUUUGUAUUUAGCUUCGACACUAUAUAAUUUUUCUAGGUCCGUUAUUAAUGCUAAACUCUGAUUAAUAAACCAUAAGCUUUAAUGGAUAAUAACUGUUUUACAUUACACUUAACUGACUAGAAUAUUAAAGAUGUCUUAUAUAAGCAAGGUCCAGUUUUGUGUUGUACUGCCUCAGUUAUUUAAUUUUUAUUUAUUUAUAGAUAUGAUUACAUUUUGUUCGACAUUCAUAUAAAUUUUCAUUUUUUUUAAUUUUUCAGUAAUAAUGCAGUAAUGUAAGGACUUUUUUUCAGUAAUGUUUUCAGUAAUUUCUCUGCAAGUCUGCUUUAAUUUUCUGUGUGCACGAAAUCAUUUGUUAAAUGUUGCAAAGUUUAGCUAAACGAUUCUUCUUUGCAAGAUAAAGUUUAAGUUAAUUGAUUGAUUGAAACUCAUUAUUAGGUAAGUUUUUAUGUAAGACUUGAAGAUAAGGUUAACAAAAGGGAAGACUAUGUUUUGUUGAUGAUGUUCAAUUAUUUAAAUGAGAUAUUUUUAUAGGAAGGGGGAGCGGGGGAAAAAGAGGGGGACAGUAACAAAAUGAAGAAGGUUGUUAUGUUAAAACAUUCAUAUCUUUAUACAUUAUACAUAUACUCCUGGUUGUUUUUUGUUUUGAUUUGUUUUAUUAUGUAAUAUUUAUUUCAUGUUGAACUAAUCGUAAAAAAAAAAACU